AUGUUAAGUUUUUCAAUGCCAUUUAUUAUUGGUGGCCUUUCAGGUUGUAUUGCAACAACUAUACUUUAACCAAUAGAUACAGUAAAAGUGAGAAUUCAGAUAAUUUCGGAAGAAAUAUCUGCAGGAUUAAGCAAAGACUCAUUAAAAGCAAAAGAUAUAGCAUUAAAUAUUAUAAAAAAGAAGGAAUACAUGGUUUUUACAAAGGAAAAUUUAAGAUAUAUAGAAAAAUUUAUUGUUCAUUAAUUGCAGGAUUUUCAGGUGCUUUAAUUGGUAAUCCUGCAGAUUUAGCAUUAGUACGCUUUCAAGGAGAUACGUUGCUACCUAUUUAAUAAAGGAGAAAUUUAUAAGAACGUUUUCGAUGCCUUAAAAAGAAUUGUUAAAGACGAAGGAUUGCUUGGAUUAUGGAAAGGAUGUACUCCUACUGUCAUAAGAUCUGUUGUUUUAAAUUUAGGAAUGUUGUCUACAUUUGAUGAAGUAAAAGAAAGAUUAAAUUAAUAUAAUUAAGUACACGAUACCAUUCAAAUAAAAAUUAUGUUUUUUUCAUCUACAAUUGCAGGAAUUAUAGCAUCUAUCAUGUCUUUACCUUUUGAUAAUAUCAAAACGAAACUUUAAAGGUAAUAAGUUGAUGCUUAAGGAAAUUAUUAAUAUAAAGGUUUUACUGAUUGUUUUAGUAUUACUGCUAGAAGAGAAGGAAUUAGGAACUUAUGGAUUGGUUUUCCUAUGUUUGCUUCUAGAACUGCUCCACAUAUUAUUAUAUCUUUGCUCAUUUAAGAUUAUCUUAAUAAUUCUUACAAAAAUCUUCAAAAUAAAUAAUGA